AGCUCACACCCUCUCCGAAGCUCCCCUCUCUCUCUCUCUCUAGCUGAGGUAUCGCCGGGAGAGAAGAUGAUAGGGUUUUAGGGACGAAUUCUCUCUUUCCAUUCAGAGUGGGUUUCAAAAUGUCGUCUCUGACAGUGAGACUGUCAUUAUUUUCACAGUCUCUUUCUUCUUCUUCUUCGCCCGUUCUCGUUUCAUGUCGAAGUAAUCGGUUGUGUUCUUCUUCAACCAGAUUUCCGAGGAAGAUAAACAGUAGAGGAAGAUUCACUUUGAGAGCUACUUCUUCCGAUUCUCCUCAGUACAACAGCGCAAACAGCAAUGGAAACAGCACUCCUAACGGCGGCGAUUCUAAACCCCCAAACGGCAGUCUGAAGAGCAGGAAGGAUAUUCUGUUGGAGUAUGUGAAAAAUGUGCAGCCAGAGUUCAUGGAGUUGUUUGUGAAAAGGGCACCCCAGCAGGUAGUUGAUGCUAUGCGGCAAACAGUAACGAAUAUGAUUGGAACACUGCCUCCUCAAUUCUUCGCGGUGACAGUGACCACUGUUGCAGAAAAUCUUGCGCAGCUCAUGUACAGUGUUUUGAUGACUGGAUAUAUGUUCAGUAAUGCACAAUAUCGGUUAGAAUUGCAACAGAGUUUGGAUCAAGUUGCUCUUCCCGAGGUUGAAGAGAAGAAGGAUGUGCCAGAUUAUGCACCGGGUACGCAAAAAAAGGUCUCAGGUGAAGUUAUAAGGUGGAAUAACGUUUCCGGAGCUGAGAGAAUAGAUGCAGUGAAAUAUAUUGAGUUACUUGAAGCAGAAAUUGAGGAACUCAAUCGUCAAGUAGGAAGAAAAUCUGCAAAUGGGCCAAAUGAAUUACUGGACUAUCUCAAGUCGCUUGAGCCCCAAAAUCUGAAGGAAUUAACGAAUACUGCCGGUGAUGAUGUUGUUCUGGCAAUGAACACAUUUAUUAAACGUCUUUUGGCUGUUAAAGAUCCUGGACAAAUGAAGACAAGCGUGACGGAAACUAGUGCGCCAGAACUCGCAAAACUCCUUUAUUGGCUGAUGGUGGUCGGAUACAGCAUUCGCAACAUUGAGGUUCGUUUUGAUAUGGAACGAGUACUUGGCACUUCACCAAAGCUUGCGGAGUUGCCUCCAGCCGAGAAUAUUUAGGCAUCUUUUUAAACUGAAAAUGAGCAGAUUAACAAAUUGGAGCACUGACAACGGUUAUCAGGGGAGCCUAUCUUGGUUGAAAAAAUUACUGAAAGGAAAUACAUUUUUUUUGCUAUUUCUCUUCCUUCUGUGUUCCAUCGAACAAAAUAGAAAAUAGGAAAGACCAGUGGAUUGGUGGUUAGUGGAUUUAACCAUCUAUACUUAUUGAGGACAUUCAUAUUGAAAAUCCAAAUCUGUAACAUACUAGUAUUGCAAUAUGUUUUUUUUCCCCAUUUCUGGGGAUUA